AUGACUAACUACGCUUGGGAUAAUGUGACGUAUUCAGUCAACUAUAAUGACGUCAACUGGACCGUCGUCGAUGCUCUGGAUGAGGACAUUGUGUUGGAGGAUUCUUCGAGGGAUGUCAGCAUCAUCGUUCUGGGAACUAUUUUUACUCUUGCUAUACUGGGGAAUGCUGUCGUUGUUGUUGUGCUUCUGACCAAGUACUUCAAGAGGGAAAGCAUACCAGAUGUUACUUCAACCGGAAGUGACGACCACUUCCAAGCAUCACGUGCAAAAUCACGCAUGCGCCUGACUAGUAUGCAGUGGUUUAUGCUUCUGUUGAGUUUAGCUGACAUUUUCGGUGCAUUUUUUACUAUACUGCCACAAAUCAUUAUGGAGGUGGUUCAAGAUUUCCAUGGCAACAAUUUCGUUUGUAAAUGUGUCAAGUAUCUUCAAGUAGUUGCUAUUUACGCCUCGACCUAUUGCAUGUUGAUGCUGGCCAUCGAUCUUUACAUCACCGUCUGUAAGAGUUCCGGAACCCCACAGAAACCUUCUAAACGGGUCCUCAUCAUGACGUCACUAGCUUGGGGGCUGUCUGCCAUAUUUGCGCUCCCGCAAAUUUUCAUAUUUUCCUUGAAGGAAUUCAUUCCUGGACGUUGGCAAUGCCUAGCGAUCUUCUCUCCACUGUGGACUCUAAAACUUUACGUAAUGUUUUUUACAGUCAUCACAUUUCUUGCACCCAUAGCAAUCCUUGUCUUCUGUUACGCGAGAAUUUGUUGUCAGAUUCGCUACGCCACCUACCGGAAUAAUAUGGAGCAAGCCAGGCACAGAUCACCCCGCACUGUUGUAUUCAGACCGCCUGCCAAUGGCGGAGAAAGGUUCUUCAACCCUGACGAAAUGCUUCUUGACAGACGCCGUAGUCCAGCAUCUGAGGGAAAACGAAGGAUGUUGAAAAUGUCUCUAACCAUCAUUAUAACUUAUAUUAUCUGCUGGGCUCCAUUUUUGAUCGUUAAUCUCUGGGCGGCAUUCGACCACGAGGCUACCUUUCCAGUCACCGCCUUCGCUGUCAUUAUGAGGAUGGCCAAUCUAAACAGCUGUACCAACCCAUGGAUAUACUUGUUCUUCAGUGCCCUCUGGCGGAAAACACCAAAUAACAGCGUUCUUCAGUCAUUCAUGCGCCUUGAAUCGCCACCCACUUCCAGAUCUGACGACGUAGAGCUUGGAAGUGUGAAUAUUGAUGGCCAGCUUUAAAGGAAACAAAUGUGGAACUGACAAAAGUGAUGGCCAAGAAUAGUGCAGCAGUGUUUCUGCUCACAUAGUUAAAUGACAGAAAACUGUUAUAUUUUUUGUAAGCUUAAUGA